GUCCCCAGAUGCUCUCCGCCGAAAGAGUGCUGCUACCUGGGUUGCUGUUACGUGUACCAGAUGGGCACCCCGGUCGCCGAGAUGUUUACUAUCCUGAUCUGGACCUACUGGUACCUAUGGGUAGCCGUGCUGGCGGCCUUGGCCAUCGCAGCGGCCUUCGGCUGUUGGCUGUGGAAACGUCGCUGCUCCAAUUCCAGCGACGACGGCCCCUCCGACAGGGGAUCCACCAGGACUUGUUACUAUCCACCCCUCUACAGCCGGUGCAGCUCAUUCGUGCAGACUCUUCCCCCGCCGUAUAACGAGGUCACCGCCAAGCCGGAUCUCUACCCCCUGGUGAUCGGGUAUGAGGAGGGAAUCGGCAAGGGCUCGUCGGGCUUCGUCAUGCGGUACUUCAGGUCCCUGUCCCACGCCAGCACCCUGGACUCCCUCAGCUCCAGCUUCAUGUGCAACGUCGUCAACGAGGCCAACACCAUAAUUCCUCCUCCGUACUCCUGCGGCGACAGCGUCGACGAGCUGUCCAUCGCGGGCUGCGGCAGGAACGAGAACGUCAACGGCAGUUCCGUCGUGUCACUGGCGAACCACCGGACGACCUCGGACGUGUCGAGUCUGGCCGCUCAAUCUCCGUGUUCACCACCUAGAGCCACCAGCCCUACGAUAGAGCUACGAGAACUCCUGGACAAGAUCCAGCAGCUUCCUCAGCUACCGAUCCACCAGCACGCCCUCAGCCCCAGCGGAUCGACGCAGAGACCCCUCAGUCCUGGGGAUUUUGGGUCCUUCAGGACGAGGAUGACCCGUGGGAAGAUGUACGUGCCGCUGGGUCUUCCAAACUCCAGGAGCAAGACGAGAGGGUGGACUUCCCGCAGCGCGCCGACCACCCCCUCGGGCACCGUGCCAAUAUUCAUGCCUGGCCAGAGCAGGAGGCCCUCCGAGGGUGAGGGAAACGAUCAGCAAGGCGUCCCUCUGCUCUCCGAGCAGGACGAAACGGAACCUACCCACGGCGUCCCGCUACUCCCUGAACAGGACGAAGGUCCUCGACAGACAUGACCGGCCAACCUCAACGUGUCGUCGCGGGACGCGCCCAGGCGAUGACUCUCUGGCGACGACAGCCACCUCGCUCGCUCCGGCGGCCCUUGCGUAUCUAGUCCCUGGGAUCUCCAGGAGCCUAAGCCGAGGAUGGCGUUAUUUUUCGUAUCGAGGGUCUAUGGGCAGACGAAGGGGGCUCCGUGACGAGAAGCGUAUCGAGAUCCAGAGAUGGGACGAGGCGAGGGUUUCGCAUGUUUCGCAAUUUUUUCGACUCGUCGCGUCGCUGGCUCAGGUUCCCGGAUGGACCGUUUAGAUGAUAGUCUCUUCCUCGAUGUUCUAGGCCUGGACCUCUGAGGGUCCUUACGUAUCGCACCUCGGACACACAUCGAAUCUUAUCUAAUAUCGUUAAUCUAGUCUCGAUAAGUCGGUCCACGCAACCGAGUCCUUCCGUAGGUCGUCGAGCCUCGCCUCGACUCUUCGAGCAGGCGCUCCGAGAUAGACAGGUCCAGAUUGCGCACCAGCGACACGGUUUCCAUCCAAUCAGCCACCCAGCAGCUACGUUCACCUUAAGGUUUAUCGAAGACAAUAUGUACGAGGGUUGCACGAAUUAAAUGAGUAGUCUAAGGGCGGACUCGGAGCUCGAUGCGGAGUGGGCAUUCGCGAAUGCUCCCUGGGUAUCUAGGAAACCAGGUAGGAUGGAUUCUUUGCGUCAUGGCACAUUAAAUCUACACUUAUCCGUAGACCGCGGUAGAUCACUCGUUCAAGAUAGGCUCAACGAUCUCGAUCCAGUACGAACAAGUAACGAAACAGUCGCAGCCACGCCACGACGUACCGUCGCACUCGCACGUGUACACGCGUUAUGUAUCGACAUGUAU